AUGAAAAUAGCAAAAAUAACGAAACCGGAUAUUGAAAACCUCCUCCAAUGCCUCCACUAUCAGACAAAUCCAGAGAAUCCUAUCACCGAAGCUCUCUAUACUUCUGGUAACUCCACUUUUAUGAAGACUUACGUAUCCUACACGAAAAAUAAAAGGUACUCAAACCCUAACGACACAAAACUUAUAGCCAUUGUUGCUGCAAAGCAUGAAUCUCAUGUUCAGGCAACCGUGGUCUGCGCAAAGUCCAAUGGAAUCCAGAUCCGAAUCCGAAGCGGCGGUCACGACUACGAAGGUCUUUCUUACAUCUCAUCUGUGCCGUUUGUUAUUCUCGAUAUGCAUAGUCUACGGUCUAUUACUAUUGACGUAACCAACAAGAAAGCAUGGGUUCAAGCUGAGCUUUUCUUGAGUGCAAUGCCUCAAGUCACAAACGGAACGAAACCUGGUGAGAAAACUAUUGCGGCUGCGUUCUCCGGUCAGUUCUUAGGCUCAUCAAAGAAGCUCAUGGAGAUUAUCAACAAGAAUUUGCCUGAAUUAGGGCUUAAACGUGAAGAUUGCUACGAAAUGAGUUGGAUUAAUACGACGACGUUUUGGGCGGAUUUCCCGGUCGGGACGCCCACUAGCGUUCUUCUGGAGAGGCCAUCGGAUCCGCCAGGAACAUUCUUCAAGAGCAAAUCGGAUUACGUCAAGAAACCAAUCCCAAAAGAAGGAAUGGAGAAGAUUUGGAAAACAAUGUUGAAAUUCAACAAUUUGUGGAUGCACUGGAACCCUUACGGCGGAGUGAUGGACGAGAUUCCGGCUAACGCAACUGCGUUUCCUCACCGGAAAGGAAACCUGUUCAAGGUUCAGUACUUUACAACAUGGACCGACGCAAACGUCACAGACGCUAAUCUCAGUUUGAUGAAAGAACUUUACAAGGUGGCGGAGCCGUACGUGUCAAGCAACCCGAGAGAGGCGUUUUUAAAUUACAGAGACAUGGAUCUUGGAAGCAAUCCGAGUGGAGAGACAGGUAUUGAAGAAGCUAAGAUUUAUGGAUCGAAAUAUUUCUUGGGUAAUUUGAAGAGACUGAUGGAUGUUAAAGCUAAGUAUGAUCCUGAGAAUUUCUUCAGGUACGAGCAGAGUAUUCCUCCUCUUCGUGCAAUAGAGACGAACCAUAUUGAGUUAGUCCUAUCAAAUCCUCAACCGGUUUCAGCUGACCACGCCGGUUUUCUCCAAUGUCUCUCUCUCCGAUUAAACGACUCCAACAUCGUCUCAAACGUCAUUCAUACACCAGACGGCUCUAAUUUCUCCUCCAUCUUAACUUCUUCAAUACAGAACCCGAGAUUCUCUCUUCCUGAUACGCCAAAACCGGUUUUAAUCCUAACUCCGGUUCAACCUUCCCAUGUGCAAUCGGCGGUUCAAUGCGCACGCCGGUACGGUAUCCACACCAGAACCCGAAGCGGAGGACACGACUACGAAGGCCUCUCUUACAGGUACAAGAACAUGGUUCGAGCUUCGUUUCCGGGACUGUAUCUCGGUUCGGUUACGGAUUUGCUGGAAUUGGUAAACCGGGAAUUUCCUGAGUUGGGUUUGGAGAAAGAAGAUUGCAGAGAGAUGAGCUGGAUCGAGUCUGUGGUUUGGUUCGCCGAGUUAGGAGAAGAACCGAUCGAUGUUCUUAAGAAACGCACACGCGCGCCACUGGCUUUCAAGGCUAAAUCCGAUUUCGUUCAAGAACCAAUGCCGGAGACUGCGAUUUCCAAGAUGUGGAGAAGGUUGCAAGAACCGGAGGCAGAGCUUGCUCAGCUAAUCUUCACACCGUUCGGUGGUAAAAUGAGUGAGAUUUCGGAUUACGAGACGCCGUUUCCGCACCGUGAUGGGAAUAUGUACGAGAUUCAGUACUUGAAUUACUGGAGAGGAGGAGGAGAAGAGAAAGAAGACAAGUAUAUGAGAUGGGUGGAGAGAGUUUACGAGGAGAUGAGCGAGUUUGUGGCGAGAUCUCCGAGAGGAGCUUAUAUAAAUCUGAGAGAUCUUGAUUUGGGGAUGUAUGUUGGAGAGGCUAAGAGGAGUAAGUACGAGGAAGGGAAGAGCUGGGGAAUGAAGUAUUUUAAGAAUAACUUCGAGAGGUUGGUGAGAGUGAAGACGAGUGUUGACCCUUUUGAUUUCUUCUGUGAUGAACAGAGCAUUCCUACUUUUGAAUCUGUUGAGGCCAUGUGA